AUGUCCUUGCCUGUCCAGAUGGCAAUGAAACUGUCGAAUGGGCUUAAUCCCUCGCCAGCUGUCCUCCCCCUCCAACAACAAAUGCAGAUAAUGCCACAUGCCCAGGCUCAGGCUCAAGCACAGGCCCAAGCUCAAGCCCAGGCUAUUGCCCAAGCACAGCAGAAUCAGAUCCAGCAUGGCGACCGCUCGUCAGUGUUGAGCGAAACUACCAGUGCUACAUGGUUGGCAAUAGGCUCAUUGGCCGAGUCGUUGGGUGACUUAGAGAAGGCCUCGUCGCUGUACGACACAGCAUUGAGACACAGCCCCAACAAUCCUGAGGCCUUGACACGAUUGGCGAACAUCUACCGCCUGAGAGACCACUUCUUGAAAGCGGCCGAGCUUUAUGAGCAGGCAUUGAACUUUAACCCGGAGAAUGGAGACACUUGGGGUUUGUUAGGUCACUGCUACUUGAUGAUGGACGACUUGCAGCGUGCUUACGCAGCAUAUCAGCGGGCCCUUUACUACUUGGACAACCCCAAUGUGCCCAAGUUGUGGCAUGGAAUUGGUAUCUUGUAUGACAGAUAUGGCUCAUUGGAAUACGCCGAAGAGGCCUUCGUUCGUGUCUUGGAUUUGGAUCCUAACUUUGAAAAGUCCAACGAGAUCUACUUCCGUCUUGGUAUCAUAUACAAGCAUCAAGGAAAGCUCUCAAGUGCUUUGGAGUGCUUCCAAUACAUUUUGUCAAAUCCUCCACAUCCACUCACUCAGCCUGAUGUGUGGUUUCAAAUUGGUUCUGUUCUUGAACAGCAGAAGAAUUGGAAUGGAGCCAAAGAGGCAUACGAGAAGGUGUUGGAGGUAAACCCAAACCACGCAAAGGUUUUACAGCAAUUGGGAUGUUUGUACUCUCAAGCAGAACCUGCCCCAUCUUCUGGCCAGGCACAGCAACAACAGCCCUUCCAGCAGGACUUAAAUAUCGCCUUGAAGUAUCUCUCACAGUCUAUCGAGAUCGACUCGUCAGAUGCUCACUCCUGGUACUAUUUGGGACGUGUCCAUAUGAUUAGAGGUGACUUCAACGCUGCAUAUGAAGCUUUCCAACAGGCUGUCAACCGUGACUCCCGUAACCCAACGUUCUGGUGCUCAAUUGGUGUGCUUUACUACCAAAUAUCGCAGUAUAGGGAUGCUCUUGAUGCAUACACAAGGGCCAUUCGUUUGAACCCAUACAUCAGUGAAGUCUGGUACGAUUUGGGUACUUUGUACGAAACUUGCAACAAUCAGAUCUCCGAUGCGUUGGACGCCUACCGCCAGGCCGAGAGAUUGGAUCCUGGAAACCCCCACAUCAAGGCUCGCUUGGAUCAGCUUAUCAAAUACCAGCAAGACGGUAACACCCACCCUCCACAGCCUCCUCCAGUCAAUCAGCAGCCUCGUUUGCCUCAAGGUAUGGUCUUGGAGAGCACACAGCCUCAGCAACCCCAACAACCUGGUCCUCAGCAAAUAAAGCAAGUUCCUCCACCGCCACCACUGCUUCUGCAGCAACCACAGCAAUCAGCUGCUUUCCAUCAGCAGGCACUCCACCAGCAACCAGGACUGAUUCCGGCAGUCCAGCAGUAUUCUUCACCACAGAUUUCGAGGCAGCAACCCCCAGGGCAACAACCUUUAACUCAUCAGCAGCUCCCACCAGCACACAUUAGUCAGAUUCCAGUCCCCGAAAGUGAACAAUUGCCCGUGCCUCAAAAAUCUCAGCCGAUUCAUCAACACACAACACUUCCAGCGGUGAACCCCACGCAGAAGCUUGAAGUUACUCCCAGCACUGGAGAAGUGACUGCGACUGCAUCCCCAACGCCUGGAGAACCCGAACGUAAUGGAUUGGCCAAUGGAUCUGUGAAGCACGACUUGGAGGGAAAAGACGACACCAAGGUUCUUAAAAAAGCCUCCGUUGAAACAUCCAGUGUUACGGAAGCUUCUCAAAAACAGGAUCCUCCAAGUGUGCCAUCUGUUGUUGUUCCAGCACUUUCUAUGACGCUUGGUGCCCCAGCUCCCCCUCGACCUGUUGCAGAAGCUACGCAAGCACCUGUUUUUUCUCCAGUUGCUGGUACGAGUGCUGCUCCACCUGCCGCUGAGCCAAAUAUCACUGAAGCAAAGACAAGCGCACCUCCUGAAUCAACCCCAGAUGCAAAGGAGGUAACUCCAGCUGCUCUUCCAAAGGUUGAGGUACCUCCCGUUGCUACGACCUCUGGAACUGCCACUCCAGCAGCUGCUACAACGGCGUCCCCAAAACCACCUGCUCCAGCUAGUGGUGGUGAAAGCGCCCAACCUGAUAGUACUGCUCCCAAGUUUUCGAGCAACGUGACGAACGCCGAAACGGACUUUAAAAAUGAUGAUGACGAUGAUGACGAGGAAGCGGAAAAAAAGAACGAACCAGUUGAGCCUCCAUUGAGAAAAGUGGAGGAGGAUGAAAAUUAUGAUGACGAGUGA